AUGAUAGAAUACAAAUGCCAAAAUGUUGUCGAAAGCGUCUGGUCUGGUUGUCAGAGAUGUGCGCUAGUCAGAGAAGUCAGGUACCGGUUGACGAGGCCGGGUCCGGGUCGGCAGUUUGGUGUCGCGUGUCGAACGCAGAGGAACACCAAGACAGGCGUUAUCACGGGAUCAAAUCGAAUCAAAUCAAAUGGAUUGACGAUUGAGCCGCGUCAAGUUUCCAAAGUCCCAGAGUGUCUCGCUGUGAGUCGGCGGCUUUUGAGUACAACACGAAGACAGCCGCCGUCGUACCAUGCACCGAGAGGGACAAACAAGGAGACAGAUCCAGGCGUUGACUGGUGUUUGGUGACACAACGUCGAGGCCGAGGGGUGUCGCAUGCAAGUGCAAAAGGUCUGUGCCUGGUAGCCGUCGUGAUGCAACUGUUACAGUGCUGGGAAUAG